AUGUAUCGCCAGAUUCACACCGAUGCGCGUGAUAUAGAUUAUCAACGGAUCUUGUGGAAGUCAUCGCUGUCGGAGCCGCUCAUCGAUUAUCAAUUACUAACGGUUACGUUUGGAAUGUCGUGUGCUCCGUUUCUAGCUCUUCGGGUAUUAAAACAAUUCGUCAUCGACGAAGGUCAGCACUUUCAGUUCGCAGUUUCUAUUCUAAGCGAUAAUAUUUAUGUCGACGACUUACUUUACGGAGCUGACGAUACCAUUCGAAUUCGGCAAGCGUGCGAUCAAUUAAACUCUAUGUUAAAGCGCGGCGGAUUCGUAUUACGAAAAUGGGCGAGCAACUCGCCCUCUCUUCUCGAGGACAUCGAAAUCGCAGAUCACGGUCUAGCCACGAACAAACCUCUGGCUGAGGAAGAACAAAUCAAAAUCCUCGGAAUCGGGUGGAAUCCGGCAAAUGAUAUUUUUGAGUUUCGCGUGUCGCUGGCUGAUAACGCCCCGGAAACAAAGCGUACGAUCUUAUCCGCGAUCGCAAAAUUCUACGAUCCGCUUGGGUGGGUCACUCCGGUCACGAUUACCGCUAAAAUAUUUAUGCAACAACUCUGGCGACUUAAAAGCGAUUGGGAUAACGCGAUUUCCGAGCUACACAUCGUAAAGUGGAGAGAAAUCUAUUCUCGGCUCUCAUAUCUCAAUAAUUUACGAAUAAUACGCUGGAUCGGUCGUGGAUCGGAUACAAGUCACGCCGAAAUCCACGGAUUUGCGGACGCAUCUACACAUGCCUAUGCCGCAUGUGUUUAUAUCAAAAUCAUUUCGUCAUUAGGUCAAAUAACGACAACUUUGCUCGUCGGUAAAUUAAAGGUCGCGCCAUUAAAAUCUCUGAGCAUACCACGACUCGAAUUAUCCGCAGCAUUAUUACUCGCACGACUUGUCGAGUUCGUUCGCGGAUCGAACGGUUACAAGGAUAUUCCGUGCCAUUGCUGGACAGAUUCCACGAUCGUGCUCGCGUGGGUAAGUCAACCUCCUUCGCGAUGGAAGACUUUUGUCGCCAAUCGCGUGAAUGACAUUCAGACUCGUCUUCCAGACGUCGAAUGGCGGCAUGUGUCAACGGAGGACAACCCCGCAGAUUGCGCUUCGCGCGAAAUAUUUGGCGAUGAAAUUAUCAAUCGCGAGCUAUGGUGGCAUGGACCUCCAUGGCUGCUCUUCGAUUCCGAUAAAUGGCCAUGUAACACUGAGCGCCUUCCUGAGGAAGCGCCUCUCGAAGAAAAGGACCCGUGCAAAUUCGGGCCUCCGCUGGACGAGGGAUUACGUUGCGUAAAACAUACAUCGCGCUCUUUAUCUGCCUUGCGACAAAAGCAAUACAGUUGGAAAAAUAAUGAAUCAAGUGGUGAAAAUUUAGCUCAAGCAAAUGCAAGUGCAAAUGCAAGUACCUCUGCAGACACUGAAAAUAUAUCUAAUGAAAACAAUGAAGUAGUUAUGGAUGUUGCAGACGCAGCCAUACAAAAUGUUGAUGUCGAAGAAUUUGAUUAUGAAUUUAGGAUAGACAAAUCAAAACGGCUCAUAGAAAUGCCAUGGAUAGAUGUCAAGAUCUGUGGAAAUGCUUAA